AUGUCCAGGAGAAACUCGCCCCCUCUCAGAUCUUCAGGGAUAAAUACCAUCCAGCUGAACGCCGCCAGAGAGAUGCAUGCUCGGACCGUGCGUGCUCGAAGAAUGCCCAUCCCAACAAGCGGCAUCACCGCACCCUCGAUACUGCCAACUGCGACUACUACUGCCACAAACACAGUAUUACCGGCCAUGCCAGCUCGACAUAUCUGUAAUAACCCGAACAAUCCGCCCUGUGUGCACUGCGGGUCCGUCAUCAUCCCGUCUCCACAGGCCACGUUGCCCUUGGAGGACAACCCUUCCAUAACCAUCAACGACUGGACCAUCUCUUCCAGAAAGAAGCCUAUUUUGAACUCGCAGGAACUCGACCUCUGGGAAAACGAAAAACUCAAGGGGCUGACACUGCCGGAGAUGAUUUUUGGCAAUAAUUACAUCAGGAUCGAGAAUCCGAAGCUGGAUUGGUCCAUAGAGUUCAAUGCUCUGGACGCCCUAAGGAACGUUCAACUCCAGGAUUCAGGUAUCCGGGUGGCAUACUCAAGCGACUGGAUAAAUUCCAAAAGAAGACAGAACUCAGCCAACGCCGCACAACGGUACGCAAACGACGUAAGCGACGAUUCCUUGAACAUCAUACACAAGUACGACUGGACCUACACUACACGCUACAGGGGCACGGAGAACCCCCCUGCGUCGAGGUUCCGGCUCGAUAACGAUCAAACGCUGCCCUUGGACAAGCUAGCCGUGCACGACAAAAUCCUGUUCUACGACGACAUGAUCCUCUUCGAGGACGAGCUAGCAGACAACGGUAUAUCGAUACUCAACGUCAAGAUAAGAGUCAUGAACGAAAGGCUGCUACUGUUGAGCAGGUUUUUCCUAAGGGUGGAUGACGUUCUUGUGAGAGUCUACGACACAAGACUCUACGUGGAAUUCGACGAAAACAAAGUGAUCAGAGAAUCCAAGGAGUUCGAGGGCAAAUACCAAGAUGUGUUGGCCAAGCACAGGUUGUCCCAAUCCCAUGACCCAAAGGCCGCCCUGAGAGACAGUAGCUGGGUAGCACAGAAUACCCCAAUGGUCAAAAGGGAAUGCGAGAUCAUCGAGUUCUGA